CAGCCAGUGCCCUCCCAGAGGUGGGCGGGAGAGGGUAAAUUUACAUUUUCAGGUCUUUCCAGCUUUUGACCCGCCUGCAGCCUGACUAACCAGCUUCUCCAGGCCCAAGGUGUUGGGGGAGGGGUGCAGCAGGAGACAGUCAGACUCGGCUGUGGCUGUGGAAGAAGGCCGUCAUGGGGCUCCCCCUGAGGCAGUCUCUGCCUUGGCUGCUGCUCCCUGUGGUGGCCCUGGCCUGGUCCCAGCUCUGCAUGAGCCUGGAGCUGAUACCCUACACGCCGCAGAUAACAGCCUGGGACCUGGAAGGGAAGGUCACAGCCUCCACGUUCUCCCUGGAGCAGCCACGCUGUGUCCUGGACGGACAUGCCAGGGCUGCCGACACCAUCUGGCUGGUAGUGGCCUUCAGCAACGCCUCCGCAGGAUUCCAGAACCCACAGACACUGGCUGAGAUACCAACUUACCCACGGCUAUGGACCUAUGGCCACUAUAUGACCAUGCCACUGUCCCUGCACCAGCUGCCCUGUGAGGAUCCAGUGGGCGGUGGCAGGGCUGUGCCCGUGCUGCGGGUGGGCAAUGACCCCAGCUGCCUUGCUGACCAGUCACCCUACUGCAACGCGCCUCUCCCUGGCCCUGGCCCUUACAGGGUGAAGUUUCUUCUGAUGGACGCCAGGGGCUCACCCCAGGCUGAGACGAGGUGGUCCAAUCCCAUCACUCUGCAUCAAGGGAAGUGCCCAAACUCCAUCGACACUUGGCCAGGGCGGCGAAGCGGUGACAUGAUCGUCAUUGCCUCCAUUCUCUCCUCCCUGGCUGGCCUCCUGCUCCUGGCCUUUCUGGCAGCCUCCACUGUGCGCUUCUCAAGCCUGUGGUGGCCUGAGGAGGUCCCCGAGCAGCUUCGGAUUGGCUCCUUCAUGGGGAAGCGCUACAUGACCCACCACAUCCCACCCAGUGAGGCCGCCACUCUGCCUGUGGGCUACGAGCCUGGCCUGGACUCCCUCCCCAGCCUCGGUCCCUAGCCUGGUCUACCGGACUGGGACUGGGGCAGUAGGUUGUGGGGGGUGAGGGGAGGGGUAAGCCCCUGCACCCCCACACCCCUCCCCAAUGCCCCUAGCGGCCUGGCCUUGGGUUUUCCCACUCCCACCCUCUCCAGGCAACUGAAGUUGGAUUCUGGAGAGUCUGGGGGAGGGCUGUGGUCAGGCUUGUUUUCCUCCCCAACCUCUGCCCCUGAUGCUGUUUUGUCUGGCUUCCUGCAAGCAAAACUGGAGGCAUGUGGAGAUGCCCCCCUAAUUGAAGUUUCCAGGUCCCAGUUCAAGGCCUGCAGGGGAUCUUGCCUCUGCUGUGUGCCAGGGGACUGGGAUGGAUCCUGGGGGUGUAUGAGACCUGAGCCUCCCUGUCCCAUCUUCCGGUGUCAGAGGCACCUCCACUGUCCAUGGGCACUGGCUGUCUUUGAGCCUCUGGCCACCAUUUUCCACCCCCAUGCGCAUACACAUGGCUCACUCACUUCUUCUCUCACACACAUUUAUUGAGCACCAGCUGUGUGCCGCACCUUGUUAGAAAAGAGGCCUCUGGCAGAGUCCUCGGGAAUCUCACAGCCCUGGACCUCAGAUGAGCACCUAUCCAGAUGUGACCUGUGACUACGGGGGGCUAUCACACCCUCCGAUUGUCACAUGUCCUCAGUCUUACACUCAGUCACCCCAAUGGGCACUCUGGAAUCCUGGAGCCCCCCCUUCACCAGGGCAGAUAUGCUUCAGACUACCCUUCCCCAGAGUCGGAGCCCCCAAAGCCGGUAGUUCCCAUUUUGGCCACAUGGGGGUGCUGGGGCGCUGCAGCCACAUGACCCAUGCACGUGGGCUCCUCUUCACAGACCAGAAGGUCGCUGUUGGUGUGAACUCCCACUGGGUGAUAA